ACACAGAGAGAGAGAGAGAGCCACACACACACACAGAGAGAGAGAGAGAGAGAGAGAGAGACACACACACACAGAGAGAGACAGCGAGAGCGCGCGCGCGCGAGAGAGAGAGAGACAGAGAGAGACACAAACACAUACAGAAAGACAUUACAAGCUCAGAUCGAGGAGACAGAAUAAAGGAGACAGACAGUAAGGGACGUUAAUAAGAGACAGUUUUGACUCUUUAACAGCUACACAAACUCGCCAUAGAGAAGCAGCUCAGAUCUCGUCUUGUUUCUGAAGCAACCUCAGUUCCUCUUUCUGUUCUCCUGCCACUGGGCUCAGGCCUGAUCCAUUCUGGCCGCCAUGGUUCUGAUCCUGGGAAGAAGGCUAAACCGGGAGGAUUCGGGUGUCCGCGAGUCUCCUGCCGUCAAGCGCAAGGUUCUGGAGAUGGACACGAAAACUCUGAGCAGUCCUGACGUGUUUGACUUCUGCUCAGGCCCGAGCCAUGCAGAGAGCAUCCUCCAGAUGUUCAACGAGUUCCGUGACAGUCGUCUCUUCACCGAUGUGGUGAUCAGUGUGGAGGGUCGUGAGUUCCCAUGUCACCGUGCCGUGCUGUCGGCUUGUAGCAGCUACUUCCGCGCCAUGUUCUGUAACGACCACCGCGAGAGCCAUGCAAUGCUGGUGGAGAUCAAUGGCAUCCGUGCCGACGCCAUGGACACCUUCCUACAGUAUGUGUACACAGGCCGUGCGCGCAUCAACACAGAAAACGUGCAGUUUCUGUUUGAAACGUCCAGCUUGUUCCAGAUCGUGACGCUGCGUGAUGCCUGCGCCAAGUUCCUGGAGGACCAGCUGGACCCAUGUAACUGCCUGGGCAUCCAGAGGUUUGCUGACGCUCACUCACUCAAGCAGCUCACUGCCCGCUGCCGUAACUACGCCCUGCAAAGCUUCGCUGACGUGAUGCAACAUGAGGAGUUUCUGGACCUGCGCCGUGAUGAGCUUGAAGACUACAUCUCCAGCGACGAGCUUGUCAUCAGUAAGGAGGAGACGGUGUUCGAGGCGGUGAUGCGUUGGGUCUACCACGACAUCGAACACCGUCGCUCCAUCCUGCGUGAGCUCCUGACGCAUGUCCGCCUGCCGCUGCUGCACCCUAACUACUUUGUGCAGACGGUUGAAGGCGAUCAGCUCAUCCAGAAUGCACCGGAGUGCUACCAGCUCCUGCACGAGGCACGUCGAUACCACGUACUCGGCAAUGAGAUGAUGUCACCUCGGACACGCCCACGCAGGUCCACGGGUUUCUCUGAGGUCAUCGUGGUGGUGGGCGGCUGCGAGCGAAUCGGAGGCUUCAACCUGCCGUACACUGAGUGCUACGACCCCGUGACAGGAGACUGGAAAUCACUGGCCAAACUUCCGGAGUUCACCAAGUCUGAGUACGCAGUGUGUGCUCUCCGCAAUGACAUACUGGUCUCAGGAGGUCGCAUCAACAGCAGAGAUGUGUGGAUGUACAACUCACAGCUCAACAUCUGGAUCCGAGUGGCGUCACUGAAUAAAGGACGCUGGAGACAUAAAAUGGCCGUCUUACUAGGAAAGGUGUAUGCGGUGGGCGGUUAUGACGGUCAGUCGCGCCUCAGCAGUGUGGAGUGUUAUGACUCUUUCUCUAACCGCUGGACUGAGGUGGCCCCCAUGAAGGAGGCAGUGAGCUCCCCAGCGGUGUCCGGCUGCAUCAACAAGCUGUUUGUGAUCGGAGGAGGUCCUGAUGACAACACCUGCUCUGAUAAGGUUCAAUGCUAUGACCCGGAGUCAGACUGCUGGUUGCUAAGGGCCAACAUCCCCAUCGCUAAGCGUUGCAUCACUGCUGUUUCCCUCAAUAACCUCAUCUACGUGUCGGGCGGUUUGACUAAAUCCAUCUACUGCUACGACCCCACCGAAGACUACUGGAUGCACGUCGUACACACCUUCAGUAAACAGGAGAGCUGUGGGAUGUCGGUGUGUAAUGGGAAGAUCUACAUCUUGGGCGGACGCAGUGAGAGUGGCGAGGCGUCAGACACCAUCCUGUGCUACGAUCCGGCCACAGGGAUCAUCACAGGUGUAGCGGCGAUGCCACGACCCAUCUCUUACCACGGCUGUGUGACCAUCCACCGCUACAACGAGAAGUACUACCACUCAUGACCAUCCACACACACUUAGCCUGUUCCUUCUGUGUGUGUGUGUGUGUGUGUGUGUGUGUGUGUGUGUGUGUGUCUGUGUGUGUGUGUGUCUGUGUGUGUGUAUGUGUGUGUGUGUGUGUGUGUGUGUAGAUUUAGUAUUUACACUGUAAACAUUCAGUCCAGUAAAAUUUGUUCACAGGAAACUAAUAACAGUUUUAAUGAUCAGAAUUCUGUUAACAAAGUUACAGUAAAAUUUUCACUGUAAAAAUAAUUUGCAUAUUUCCUAAAUAAUCAUUAAUAUAAAUAUCAUUAAAAUAUAAUUUGAUAAUUAUUUUCUUUCCAUCUGGAAAAAACAUCAGUCUAAGCUAAGAGCAAUAAAGUUAAAUAUCGCUUAAUGUGUAAUAAAACAUUUCUUUGUUUAAGGCACUCGAGUAAAACACCAAACAAACAUUUUAUUUUAUUUUCGCUCUUAUUCUAAAAUAAAUAUUUAAUAUUGUUCUGUAUUUCAUUUCUUAAUACUGUUAUUAGUUUUCUUCCAGCAUUUUUACUCUAUUUUACUUCUUUUUGUCUUUUAAUUUUUAUUACAUUAAAGUUGUCAUGUUCCUCCGCCCGCUCUGUGACCUUUGACCCCUUUUACUUUUUGCUAAAGUUCUCUGCUGCCGCACUUGUUUUUUUUAAUUAUGUUUAUUACAUUACAUAUUUUAUUGUUAUUGUUGAUAUUGUAUUCAGGGGUGUGUGUGUGUGUGUGUGUGUGUGUGUUAUUGACUCAACACUGUGCUCUGUGUGUUUUUAAGAAAUAAUUUAAGAACUUUUAUAUUACUGUGUUAUUUGUACACAGUUGUGGACUCGUCUUUGUGUUAGUUUCUGAUCAACAUUAAACCAGUGAGAGUAUUCUUCUUCUUCAUCUUCUUCUUCAUCUUCAUCUUCAUCUUCUUCAUCUUCUUCUUUUCUCUUUUUUUGUAUUAUUCCCACCAGGUAAAAAUCUUCUUUUUCUGUCUGCGGUUCUUUUAUUCCUCAAUUUUCUUAUUCUUAAAUUUUUGUUGUAAAUAUAAAUUAAAUCCUUUUUUACUGCAUCAGUAAAUGUUUAUAAUCAUGCCAAGACUUUAUUACUGUAAUUAAAAGGGAAAAAAGGUGUUAAAGAUGUAGCAGCCACAACUGUGUGUGUGUGUGUGCGUGCGUGUGUGUGUGUGCGUGCGUGUGUGUGUGUGUUUGUGUGUGUGUUUGUUUUAAGGAAAUUUUAGGGAUUUUAAUUAGAUUUUUUCUUUUUCCAGAAUUUCUUUUUUUCCAUUUGUGUAGUCGAGUGCAAAAGUUUACACACCCUAAAUAUGAAACUGAAUUUGAAUGAAAAAAUUCUAAUUCAAUGUUUAUUGAUCAAAAAAUGUAGAAAUUUAAAUGACUAUAAUAUUGACUUUUUUUUUCUAAAUUCAUUAUUUUAGAUUUUCUUUUUCUUCUCAGUUCUGGCUCAUGAUGUUGAUGAUUGUCAUAUUUAACGUCCUACGACCUUGUGUUCACAUACGUGGACGUCACUGCAUCUAAAACGCAAGGCCAAACCAAAGCCUUAGGAGGUUAAAUAAAGAAGAAUAUUUUAUAAAUAGGGAUGCAAACUUUUGCACUUGAUUGUGUGUAAACUCAUUAAUAUUGAGAUCUAUAAUGUAGACAACACUACAGUAAAUAAAACGAUUUAAUCAUUUAAAAGAUCCGGGAGAAGUUCGUCUCCGGCUGAUUUGACAUUUUUUGUAAUUUAUUCAGAUUUCUGAGCUGAUUGUGGGGUUUUUAUUUUAUUGAUAUUUUUAGAGAAACAUUUGGUGAUGCUGAGUGUUAAUGUCACUGUCGCACUGUGGGCUUUAUAAAAAAGUAUUCAUGCAGUGCAUUAUGGGAAUUUCACCUUGUUGCUGUGUGCAGCCUGAUGUGGUGAAUAUGAGAGUGUUAGUGAGUGUUAGUGAGUGUUAGUGAGUGUUAGUGAGUGUUAGUGAGGGCUCUGAGUGUUUAUUUUAUAGUUUCCUGUAAUAGUUAUAUAGUUAUAAAUGCCUCUCUCAUCUGUAAUCUGUAUUUCCUGAGUGAUUGAUGUGUGUUCGGUGAAGAUGUUACUGAACCUGCCUUAAUAAAGUUCUUUAUCCUG